UUGCUGAACUGAACCUGACACUGAACCUGUGCCAGGAAAGUGAUGAAAGACACCGCGUGCAUCAUUUACUAUGAGAAAUGCGAGGCGUCCAUUUCGUGACCACCAUUCAGUGUCUGUCCUGGUCGAUUUGUUCUCACUGUUUACAUGUAUCAAUGCCAAAAGUUGAAUUUCGCUCAAUUACUGUAGGGGUGGUGCGCACAGACAUACCAGAGUCAUUGUUUUCCAAUUCCAACACAAAAAAGUUUGAAUAAAAUAGGCCUCAUAUCUACGCCACACCUGGUACAACAUUGUGGUAUCCCAAUGCAAAACUUAAAAUAUCUUUAUUUUGUGAAAUUCACAAUAUGACCCACAAAACGGGAACGGCUUUCCUUGCAGUCUGGAUACAGUAGGGUAACUUAUACCACAAAGGGGGGCGGACUGCAUGGCCCCCCUCUGCCAAUGGCAGAACAGAGAGACAAGAUGGGCACAUCCGUGAUAUCCUACAUCUCUGAAUUCAACAUGAGUUCGGACCGAGGAUCUCAGUCUAAAACAACCCCUAUUACUAUGAGAUGACGGAUCCUGUCUGCGCACCCGCAGCUAGCGCAUGGUCCGGGGAGCUUGGAGCUGCUUAGCACCAAAGCUCCUCCGACUACCGCAGAAACGGCCACAAAAGAGCAAGGAUACUCCGCUUUAUUGUACACUCUUCAGUCAGGAAUUACAGUCGCACUUGCGUUUUUAAUUUUUUUAAACAGAACAUACCGUAUCCGUUUGUUCAAUGUCACCAUGCUCAUCAUCUCAUCACGCAAUGCUCUGCUGUCAGUCUACUACCCACAGAUCUUCCUCAUCCUCACCAGCGGUAGCUACCUGGCCCUUUCCUCAGUGGUUGCUCUGGGUGCCAACAUCAUCUGCAAUAAGAUCCCUGGUUUAGCCCCCCGUCAGAGAGCCAUCUGCCAGAGCCGCCCUGAUGCCAUCAUCGUCAUUGGCGAAGGUGCCCAGCUGGGAAUCAACGAGUGCCAAUACCAAUUCCGCUACGGGCGCUGGAACUGCUCUGCCCUAGGGGAGAGGACUGUGUUCGGUCAAGAGCUGAGAGUAGGCAGUAAGGAGGCUGCGUUCACAUACGCCAUCACUGCUGCCGGAGUGGCUCACGCAGUAACUGCUUCCUGCAGCCAAGGUAACCUGAGCCACUGCGGCUGUGACCGUGAGAAGCAGGGCUACCACAACCAGGAGGAGGGCUGGAAGUGGGGCGGCUGCUCCGCGGACGUCAAGUACGGUGUGGAGUUCUCCCGCAGAUUUGUGGACGCUCGUGAGAUUAAAAAAAAUGCACGAAGGCUGAUGAACCUUCACAACAACGAGGCAGGGCGGAAGGUGCUGGAGGAGCGCAUGAAGCUGGAGUGUAAGUGCCACGGAGUCUCAGGCUCCUGCACCACCAAGACCUGCUGGACAACACUGCCCAAGUUCCGUGAGAUUGGUUACGUGCUGAAGGAGCGGUACAGUGCGGCGUCGCAAGUGGAGGCGGUGCGUGCCACACGCCUGCGCCAACCCUCCUUCCUGCGUCUCAAACAGGGCCGCGGCUACCAGAAACCCACCGUCACAGACCUGGUGUACCUUGAGCGCUCGCCCAACUACUGCGAGGAGGACACCACCACGGGCAGCGCGGGCACACGGGGGCGCCUCUGCAACCACACCUCCCCUCACACCGACGGCUGCAACCUCAUGUGCUGCGGACGGGGCCACGACACACACCAGUACACCCGCGUGUGGCAGUGCAACUGCAAGUUCCAGUGGUGCUGCUUCGUCAAGUGCAACACCUGCAGCGAGAGGAGUGAGGUGUUCACCUGCAAAUAAGGACCAGGAUGCGGAGGGUGCGAGCAAAACGCCAUCCGCUGAGCCAACCGGAAACUGAGGAUGAGAACGAAAAGGAAAGGAGUGGAGAAAAAGACAAAAGGAGAUGCCACUUCUCCAUGGCUUCAUUUUGCACAUAAGUCACUCUUUUAGAGAAAAAUCACUUCCUUCAACUAAACUGUCUGUGAUCUGAACUACAAUUUCUAAGGCCACCAAUGGAAAGACAAGGUGGAUCAAACUCUCCUGCUGUGUGGAUGUUACUCCCUGAGCUAAAUGACUCCAUCUACGGGACAAAUCAACACGAGGAGGAGGAGGAGGAGGAGAACCCAUUUCAACUGGAACCCCUGUCUGGAGCUGUGGCCAUGGUGAAUGGAUGGACUGUGACAUGAGAGUUAUGAGCUGCCUAACAAAUGGCAACAUAUUUCAGUGGUCAAGUCACACUGGACCUGUUUGAACACUGAGAUGAUUUAUUUAUGUCAUAGCUAGAGUCUUUUACCUUAAUGCAUAGGUUCUGGACGUUAGGCGCUGAACUUGGGUCUUUUAAAUUUGAUCUCUGAGAAAACUAAUUUCAGUGCUACUCAGCUGUAAAGGCCAAAUGACGCCAGCUCUCAAGUGACAGCUGUACAGUCAUACAGUGGGCAAUACCUAAUAAUGACAGAACAUUCGUUAUGUUCACAGCCCAACCGGCUCUGCUUUCCAGCUGAUAAUAGCGUUCAUAUAUACAGCCACACUUACAACUCAUGCAAUUUAGACCACAUCCCAGAUAAACAUGUCAGAACCCAUAGCUUCAUGAUUUGAUCUUUGAUAUUUUCAGUAUGUUGGUGCUCUUUGGGCAUGCUUGUUUGGAGCUUACGUUAGUCUCUGUGAGGCCACAUUGAACUGGAUGGAUAUGCAAUGGGAUGGUCCCACCGUACACAGAACAUUCCCACCAAUGCCAGAGACGUGGAAUUCCACUUCACUGGUCCUGCUUGUAAAAGGUCUUUCCAGGGGAGUUCACUUCUGCCUAAGCUGAUGGAAUUUGCCUAACCAUACAGCUGGGGUCUGGGGGUUAAAGGUCAUCGAGUUAUUUUGGGCGUCAUUUUUAUUCAGAAUUGUUUAUAUUAGUUUUAUAUGAAUAUAAAACUAUGGCAAAUUUAAAAGUAUAUUUUUAUAUGUAAAAGAUAUGGCACUUUAUGUCAUGCAUUAUUACUCUUUUCCUUAUCCUCAAUGUUCUAAUAAUUCCAUAGUUUGUUGCUAUUGAAUAUCUGUCCCAGAAAAAGCGUAUGUAAACAUUUCUGAGUAUCCCAGGUUGUUCUUCUAUUUCAAACUCAUCAAAAUGUUUUUAUUUUUUUCCUGCUUUUGUAGCCUGGUUGUUUUGUGAAUUAUAUCAAUCCACUGCACUUCUGUGCUAAGUCUUCACAAGAGUAACUGGCAAAAAGUGUAAACGUCUAGGUCAGUAGACUACUAAGAGGGUUGGUGAUGAGUAAGUCAAAGUUGUUUAUGUACUGUACAAAGUACAUGAUCAGACAAUAAAGUAUUGAAAGGG